AUGGCCGUCUGCUCCCCAUUUCUUCAGAUCUGCUCCAUACUCCAAGCUCUUCUAGAGUGUCUCAUAUACCGUCAAGGCAUGCCACGCAUGACGCCGAUGAACGCCCUCGACGAACACCAAAAUCCAUCAUUCGUGGCAUGGGAUGAUGCUUCCCCAGCCCCCGGAAACCCAAUGGAAAGGCCAACAUUCCCCGGAGACGACGGUGAUGGCGACAAACGGCACUCGGCAGCGCAGAGGGCGCUAGCAAUACCAGAGAUAUUGGAGAUGAUCUUGAUCCGGCUCGCCUUUGCGGAUCUGUUGAUAAUGGAGCGCGUCUGUCGGUCCUGGCAACACAUAAUGCGGGAGUCCAUCGUGAUCCGACGGGCCCUCUUUUUCGAACAGUCAUUGGCCUCUUCUAUCGAAGAGCCGGCGUUAAAUCCUUUCUUUGAAAAGUGGUUCUGUCCCCUACACUGCUGCAAGUACACCGGGGACUAUUUUAUUCAAAACGGGCCCAGCGGAAAGUUUGCCUGGUUUGAGGAUGCCAAGCUGAAGGCAAUUGUCCUCCACGAGCAGGCAUCGUGGCGACGGAUGUGGCCAUCGAAUGUGCCUGUCGUCCUCGAAGCCGUCAGCCUGCACACGAGUAGGCAGGACCCGGGGCCGGGAAUCAGUGAACAUGUCGAUUUGAACAGGGAGCACAGUCUCCUAGGGAGUGAUACCAACGGCAUGACUCUCUGCGGAUUCUUGGAAGCAAUGGUAUCACUUAUGAACCAUUCGAAGUCACCGCAAUUCACGCUGUUCUGGAAGAAGACGGCAGAAAGUAAUACUAGCAGGCCACGUUGGCAACUAGUUGCUGUCUUGAGUCCGAGCCAGCUGAUGUCACCGCGUUUCGGCACCAAUCCAAUUUAUCCUGAGAUCUCGAAGACGAGGUUCGUUGACCUCCUCGAUGAUGCUGAGAAGAGCAAGUUCCUCGACUGGACCAGAAGGGUGGAUGAAUACUAUAACACUCAUGUUGACUGGUCUGUUGCUACUUAUAUCAGUAUAUGGCGGUCAACAUGUAACGGGGAAGUCGAGAUGUUUGCUGCGGAUCUUGCUUUACAAAUGAUCCUUCGCUUGAUAGAAUAA